AUGGACUACUUACGUAUAGUAGAGCAGAGGAAUGGACGGUUUCAGAGUAAACCUUUUUUUUCAAGUUCGAAUGAAAAGCCGAUACCCAAGGUGGAAGGUUCUAAACAACAAGCGGAAAAUGCAAGGGGAGAAAGUCAAAAGGGUGUUUUUAUGCGAAUGAAUCGUAUAUGUUUUAACUUCGGGUCCAGAGCGCACAUCGCACCAAGUUGUCCAAUUACAACCAGGCUGUUAAGACAAAACGCGAUUGAUGGUUAUUAA